AUGUUGAACCCAAGGGAGCUUAAGAGCCACAAAUCCGUAGCCACUCUCUCCCACUUCGGAACGCUAACCUCCCACCAAAAAAACCAGAUUCAUCUCUACGUUGAAACUCUUCUUCAAUGGAACAAGCGCAUGAAUCUCACUGCUGUUAGAGAGGUGAAUGAAGUGAUGGAAAGACACGUGGAGGACUCCCUUGCGAUUUUGCCUCCGUUGAGCGACUGUUACCGCUCCCACUGCGCCACUUCAUGCGAUAAGCUGAGUCUCGUCGAUGUUGGAACUGGCGCUGGCCUUCCCGGAGUAGUUUUGGCCAUAGCUCGCCCAGAGUGGGAUAUAACGUUGAUGGAGUCUAUGAACAAGCGAUGCGUCUUCUUGGAGCACGUUGUCGGUGUUGUCGGGUCCUCAAACAUUCAAAUUGUAAGAGGAAGAGCAGAGAAUUUAGGACAGAAUCCUUGCUUCAGAGAGCAAUUUGAUGUAGCAGUGGCCAGGGCAGUUGCAGAAAUGAGAAUAUUAGCUGAAUACUGUCUUCCUUUGGUUCGCGUUGGUGGGUUGUUUAUAGCUGCCAAGGGUCAUGAUCCUGAGGAUGAAAUUAAGAAAGCUGAAAGUGCCAUCCAGAAGGUGGGUGCAUCUCUAUUGCAAGUUUGCUCAGUGGACUCGCAAAGUCCAUACGGUCAGCGAACUGUUGCCAUAUGUUCAAAGGAUCGUCCUACCCCAUUGAAAUAUCCCCGUGAUCCAGGUACACCAGCUAAAGAGCCAUUGUAA